GAUACAACUCAAUAACUAGUUAGAUGGAUUUUUAAUUUUAAGUAGCACAACUCAGUGACGCGCGCGCGCGGUUCAGAUGUUCUCUACUUUCAAAUAACUUCAUGACUGACCAAAAGGACUUUUCCUUGUCAAUCGAGCAUAUUUAUCGAUAGGUGAAAAAAAUUUUUUUAUUUUCAAGUAAUGUUACUCAACGACGAGUCAGCAGCACUCGCUUCAGGAGUGGCCGCAGCAGCAUGGCGUUACUUCAGCGUGCGUAUCGCACGCGAUCCGGUUUUCCGCGGGUCUGACGACCGGACGAUAUGAGUCGAUCGGCGGAUUAACGUCACCACGCCGACUGAACGUCGCUGAACUCAUCGCGAGUCGAUCAGCGAUCCGCCCGGAUCAGCCGCCGGCGACGAGAGACAGUGCAGACUUUUCCACUUCGUACGAUCAACGUUGGCGCGGCCAUAAAAUGCUGCCACUUACGCACAAUUCGCGUAGUCUCGACUCACGCUGCAGCUUCGGCAGUCGGAUAAAGGAGAAGCUACUUGGUUGGAAGCGUCUGAUCUUCUCGGACGAGAACACGCGGAAUCUUUUUCUAUUUCUACUCGUGAACCUGUCGUUUGCGUUUGUCGAGCUGCUGUAUGGAAUAUCGACCAACAGCCUGGGGCUGAUUUCUGAUAGCUUCCAUAUGUUCUUUGACUGCACUGGCCUGUUGUUCGGCUUAGCAGCGUCCGUCAUCACAAAGUGGCGGGCAAACGAGCGUUAUUCAUACGGCUACGUUAGAGCCGAGGUAUUAGGCGGUUUCGUGAAUGGGCUGUUGCUGCUGUUCAUCGCCUUAUUCAUCAUGUCAGAGGCAGUGGAGAGGGCGAUCGAGCCGCCGGAGAUCAAGCAUGAGAGGCUUUUCGUCGUCUCCGUGUUGGGACUCAUAGUGAAUUUAAUAGGCAUAUAUGCAUUCAAACACGGCCACGGUCAUGGCCACAGUCACGGCCACAGCCACGGAUCGGCCGGGCACGGUCACUCGCAUUCCCAUUCGCACGACAAUCACGGCUACUCCCUGCUGAAUCACCAUGAUUAUAAUCACCACGACAUCGAAAUGGAGGCGUCUUUCAGCGGCACGAACUCGCAAAUCAUGAAAGGCGUUUUCCUGCAUAUUCUGGCGGAUACUCUCGGCUCCGUGGGCGUCAUUAUAUCGGCGUUAUUGAUGCAGAUGUUCGGCUGGAUGAUUGCCGACCCGAUCUGCUCCAUGCUUAUAGCAGUAUUGAUAGUCUUAAGUGUGAUCUCGCUGAUGAAGGAAUCGUGGGAGGUGCUAAUGCAGAGACAGCCGAUCGCCCUGGACCGUGUGCUGCCGCAGUGCUACAACAAAGUGACGCAGAUGCCGGGGGUGUACGGCGUGCAGGAGCCGCAUUUUUGGACACUCUGCUCCGACGUGUACGUCGGCUGCCUAAAGCUCGAAGUGGCCCGCGAGGUGGACCCCAAGUCCGUCGUGAUGAACACGCAGAAGAUCUUCCAGGCAGCGGGCGUGAGACAGCUCACGGUCCAAUUGGAUUACGCCCCUAUGUGAUCCAUGAAAGGCACGCGCGUCGUCAAGUGUUCUUACCGGUAUGCCGCCACCGCCGCCGCCGAAGGUGUGUUCGUUUGCGGGAUAUGUCAUAAGGAGGCGCGAAACACGGCGGUGUUGCAGAACAUCUUCGCUGUGUUGAGAGUAUGCGGCGGCUGUUGCUGCGCCCUGUGCGUGUUAAACAGCGGCGAGUACCGUCUCGGACUGCAGAUCGUUUGAGAGAAUAAUUUACGUAUGCCUUACGUGUAUAUUAUGGAUGAAAGACGGACUCACCGGCGCAGGAACCGAUUGAGGGACAUUCUGACCAUAUUUCUGCAUUUCGAAUUAAAUUUACUUGUAUAGGCUUAAACUGUUGGCACACAGAGAAAUAUAAGUAGUAGUCAAAUUUCAGCAGUAAGUGAAUCGAUCAGUCACGCUCGGGAAUUACCGAGAACGUAAUACUGUUACGUUGAUAUUCUCGAUUGUGAUUAGUCAAUUUACAUACUGCUUAAGUCUUCCCGCUUACGUUUUUCCGUGUGCCACAGUCUUUAAGACUUUUGUUUCCUCGUUAUGCUUAUCUUGAUUGAUGAUGAUAGAAGAAAUACGCUAGAAAUUCUCGCAAAAUAUGUUAAUGUAAAACGAUAUAUCCGUAAAAUGACAUGCUAUCAAACGAGCAGAUCUGUGAAAUAUUUUGAAAACCUUUUCCGUUUGCUUUACCUGGCAUCCGUGGAUGGUGUCGCAUCAUCCAUAGAUUUGUUUUAUGGAACGUUUCACGAAACUUCUCUUUUGCUUUGUUAAUUGUAAGAUUAACGUAGUUUGCGAUUUACUUUUUAACUGUGCAACUUCUUUAAUUUUAUGAUUAUUUAUUGAUUAUUACAGCAAAAAGAAUGUUCUCGGUAUUUUAAUUGCUCUCAAUCGACCUUACAAAUGUUAUUUUAUAAACAUAUAUCCUUUUGUAUUCUUUCACUUCUGACGUUAUCGACCAAAAUAAUCGUAACGAGGGAUCAGGAGCUUCAAUAAAAUUUUUAGAGCACGAUUGUACGGCGAAUUCGAAAUCCGCUUCCCGUCGGCAUUCGUGCGAAUAUAGGACGAUUAUAAGAUUUUUUUUCUUUCUAUUCUGGAAUACGAAGCGAGUGUCUAAUCAUUGUUCGUUUAUCAUCGUCGUAAAUGCCUCAUCAAACUACAGGCUUAUCUCUGUUUGUACGGACUUCGACUUGUAAGCGCUCGUUUGACUGAGCAUUUUGCAGAACCACAUAUACAGGUGAGACACAUAAAAUGUAUGGUAGGUGAAUAUCUCUAAAAUUAUGGGGGAUAGAAAAGAAUUUUGUCAGGCAGAGUUUAAGUUUAAUGUUUGUGCUUUUUACUAUAAAAAUUACAUCUUUCGGAUAUAUUUAUUUUUCUCUAUACAAAAGUGCGUCAAGAAUUUAAUGUUUUAAUGUCUGUACUAAAAUUAUGUAUAUUGGAAAAUAUAUACUUCCAUUACGAAAAAAAGGAGAGAGAGAUACGAUCGUGAGAUUUCUUUGAUACAUUCAUAUAGAAAAAAUAAAUAUAAAAAGAAAAAGAACUAUAAAAAAAUUAAAAAUAUAGCUUCCAAAAUAUUUUAACCUUGCUUGAUAAAAUUUGUUUUUGUUAGUUUUUUCGGAAAUAUUCAUUUUUCAUGCUUUAUGUAUUUCAUCUGUAUGAUAUAGUCGCUCGUGAUGUAAGAGAGUAUAUAUAUAUAUAUAUAUAUAUAUAUAUAUAUAUAUAUAUAUAUAUAUAUAUAUAUAUAUAUAUAUAAAAGUAUAUAAGUAUAUAUAUAUAUAUAUAUUAUAUAUAACGUCGCUUAGGUCAGUUUUUUAUUUUUGCAAUAAUACUUUAAGACAUGUUUGUAAAGAUAUUUUUUAACGAAGUCUUUGAAAUAACGAAUAUAGUGCCGUUUGUGCAUUGAUUGACGUUAUUCACGUAUCCUCUGAAAUUCAGUUGUAAAUUUGGGAUAUGAAGUACGUAGGAAGAAAGAGAGAGACAGAGAGAGAGCGCGUGAAGAGAUCAACGUGAGUGGCCAUAGGAACUGGAGGACAACUGCCAGAAAGCUAGUCAUCACGUGCAUUGCCGUGCAGGAUAAGAGAGGACACGUAUCGCAUUACGUAACGGUAAUGCGGCACAGACGAAUACUUUCGCACGAGUAUACCCGCCGUUUCAUAACAUUUCGAGAGAGACCUAACAAAUUUUGCGAUUUAUAUUUUCCGUCCAUGCUAAGUAUUUACUUCCUUAUUUUAUCGAUAGGUUGAAUUGACGAAAAAGAACAAAAGAAAGAAAGAAAAUGCAACUUAGCAUGCAUGGAGCAUUCGUUGAUUAUUUUGGUUGUACAUACAUAUGAAUUGUUGUACGAAUUUGUUAUUGUUGAGUAGACCGACGUUUAUUGUAGCUAAAUAAAUGAAAUACUGUGAACCUAUAAAAAUUAUAAAAUAGACCGGUCGUCUGCGAGAGUAGAUCAGAACGUUCGCAGAAGCCCGAAGAGUAUGUGCGUUCUGAAAUGCUCUUCGCUUCGCUAUCGUAAUAUUUUCUUCGAUGAUUUAAUGAUGAAUUUUUUUGGACCUAUGAAGAAUCCGUACGGAUGGUUGGAAACGAUCAUGCUAUGUCGAACGCCUGGAGAUCGAUUAUGAAUCUUCCUCUUCCUCAAAUGCAUGAAGAGAAAAUUGCAUAAUAAAAAUUAUAAUUAAAUAUUAUAUUUUAUAACAGGAAUAUAUCGAUAUUCCGUCUUAAUUUAUUAAGCUUUUGUUUUAUGUAUACUACUAUUUAUGCUAUACAUAUAUUUUAGAUAUUAAAAUUAUUAUUUUGUUUUAUGUAUACUAUUUAUGCUAUACAUAUAUUUUAGAUAUUAAAAUCUACUAUUAAAAAAUUUACUCUAUGUUAGUUAAUUUACUAUGGCCUAUAUUAAUAGUUAUUACUUGAAACCUCUCACUUCGAUUUGAAUUUAAAUUUAAAUGUGAGUUUUUUAAUUGAAUUUCGGUUGCAAAUAUAAUGUUAGAUAUAUCAUACAAUUCAAGUAUAGAAAAUAGGGACUUAACGUUUAAAGUUUCACAUGAGACAUGUUUCAAGUGACAACUAUUAAUACAGAUCUUAUGUUCCUUAGCAAAAUAAAUUCUACUGAUAGUUCAUAGCUGUACGAUUAGAAAACGUAAAAUUGAAAAUAAUUUAUAUGAAAAGAGUAAUAUAUAUUCUCUUAGUAAACUUGUGAAAACGUAGAAAUGCUUUCGAAUGUUUUUAAGUCGUAAAAUCUUUAUUGUUUAUGAGUUUACACCGAAGGAGAAGAUUCAUAUCGACGCGUGCUGACUUAGAAGUAACAAUUUCAUAACAUUUUUCAAAAGAUAGACAUAGGAAAUUAGGGACGCUUUUACAUUCCGUGUGUAUCAUGUAUCAUACAUACAAAUAGAGGUAUAAUCGUGACGUUACUUCCAAUUGUAAUGACGCAAGCCAAACUAUUGACUCUAUUCAUUACAUAAAUAAGUAUGUCGCGAUGGAAUUAUUUCGAGGAGGAAAUUUUGAGAACACGUGCGUCGCGUUUCAACAGCGACAACGAGUAAAGCCCCUUAUAGAAAGCCAGGCAACAGGUAAUAGGAACAAGAAAUAGCUAAUGAAAAACUAUAUUUUCACAUGUGCAUGGGUUUCCAUUGGCUAUUCCCUGUUUCUAUGCCUGACAUUUUGUAAGGGUAACAUGUGAUUCUAGGUAAACGCAAUAGCCGGGAGCUGUGAAGUGCGAUUAGGGAAAACACAAUUUCUGUUACUUUUACUAAUAUUUUGUUUAUAUAUAUAUAAAUAUAUAAAUAUAUAUAUAUAUAUAUAUAUAUAUAUAUAUAUAUAUAUAUAUAUAUAUAUAUAUAUAUACAUAUAUACA